AUGUCGAUGGUCGUUGCGAUUCUCAUCGCCGUCGUUCUCGCCUACCUCCUCUCAUUGGUGCCAUGGCUCCGAAAUUAUUGGCGAUUGAAGCGCGCGGCGCACGGCCUGCCGGGACCCGACCUUCAUCCGGUGUUCGACAAUCUCGCCACAUUCGCCGGCAAAUCGACAGCCGAGCUGUUCGUCGUGAUGCGCGAACUCGCCAAACGUCAUCGUGAUCGCGGCGAUUCCAUCAUGCGAUUCGUCAUCAAAGGCAGCCUAUUCGUAUGGCCGUUGAAUGGAAAAGCUGUGGCGGCUAUCAUUGAUUCAACCACUGAGAUCAACAAAGGCAAGGAUUAUGAUUUCUUCAAGCCAUGGCUUGGCGGUGGCCUUCUUCUUGAGGGCGCCGGCGAACGAUGGCGAUCGCAUCGAAAAAUGCUGACGCCGGCGUUCCAUUUCGCGAAACUCGCCGCCUACUUCGAGGUGUUCAACGCCGAAUCGCGGGUUCUCGUCGAGUGUCUCGAUCGACACGCCGACGACGAUGAGCCCGUCGACGUGUUCGCUUUUAUUAAGCGUUGCGCGCUCGACGUGAUUUGCGGCACCGCGAUGGGCACCAAAGUUGAUGCGCAGAUUGAGCAUGAGCACAAGUAUGUGCGAGCCGUUGAGACGUUCAAUCGAAUUGCGGUCGUUCGCAGCUUCAACCCGUUCCUUCAACUCGAGCCCAUCUUUUGGGCUCUCGGCUACCGAAAGCAGACCAACGAGAGCCUCAAUGAGUUGAAAAACUUCACGAAUACCGUGAUCAAAAAGCGAAAAGCGGCGUUCGACGCCGGCGACGUCGACAUCAAGACGACGAAACGCAAAAUGAAUUUUCUCGAUCUACUCUUGUCAAUGAAAGAGGCCAAUGUGCUCACCGACGAGGAUAUUCGCCAAGAAGUCGACACUUUCAUGUUCGCCGGCCAUGACACAACCACAUCAUCCCUUUCAUGGGCUUGCUGGCAACUCGCCCAUCAUCAGACGAUCCAGCAGAAGGUCUAUGAGGAGCUGCUCGACGUUUUCGGCGACGAUCUCAACGAGCCGGUGACACUUGAAGGCGUCAAUCGGCUACAGUACACCGAUCGGGUGCUGAAGGAAUCGAAGCGAAUGAUACCGCCGGUGCCGGCGAUCCAGCGGAAGCUCGUCGACUCGAUCGUGAUGGACGGCUAUGAGAUACCGGCGGGCGCCAACAUCACCAUCGCGCCGCUCGUCAUCCACGACAAUCAUCUCGUCUAUCCGAAUCCGACGCGCUUCGAUCCCGAUCGUUUUCGGCCCGACGCCAUCGCCCAACGCCAUCCAUACGAUUUCAUACCGUUCUCGGCGGGCCCACGGAAUUGCAUCGGUCAAAAGUUCGCGCAGCUCAAUGAGAAGGUGAUGCUCACCUACAUCGUGCGCCAUUUCAAACUCGAGCCCGCCGCCGAGUUCGACGCAACCAAGCCGUGCGUUGAGGUCGUCACGAAACCGUCCGACGGCAUUCCGGUCCGAUUAACACGAAGGAACUAA